AUGGCGGGAGCCCACGCGGGGCUGGGGAUGGAGGGCGGCGGCGGCGGCGGCGGCGGCGGCGGCGCCGGGAGCAGCAACAGGACCCUGUCAUAUAGCCGCUGGAGUUAUGACAGUGUUUUGGACGAUGAAGGCAGCACCCUGCGGCAGCAGAAACUCGAGAGGCAGAGGGCUCUGCUGGAGCAGAAACAAAAGAAGAAGCGCCAGGAGCCCCUGAUGGUGCAGUCCAACCCAGACAGCCGCACGAGGACACGCCGUACGCGGCAGUCUGAGGAGCAGGCCCCACUGGUGGAGUCCUACCUAAACAGCAACAGUAGCACCAGCUACAACGUACAGGAGGCUGAACAAGAUGACGGGAAGUUGGGCGAGGACCCCUUGAUGCCCAGAUCAGCCAAGAGGAGCCCUGCAGCAGGGGCAGGGGCAGCGGCAGCAGGCGGUCAGGGUGGUAUCUCUAAAAAGGAGAAGAAGGGGAAACCCAAAGGGAGUGAUGGGUUUUUCUCGGAUGGUGAGCCAGACCCGAACGUGCAGAACCUGACAGUGGGUCGGUCUGGCUCCAGUAGGAGCCUGGGAGAGGCAGCAGCUGCCGGAGGGCAGCACUCAUCCAAGCAGGACCUCCGUGCCACAAUGCAGACGAAGGGAAUCUCCAGCAGCAUGAACUUUGACGAAGAAGAGGAAGAGGAUGAAGAGGAGGAUGAAGAGGAUAGCUCCAGCUCUUCCCAGUUAAACACUAAUGCCCGGCCAUGCUCCGCCACCAGCAAGAAGUCAAAUAAGGAGACGGCCUCGGCCCCCAGCCCCUCAGCCCAGGCGCCGCUCAUUGAGGUGGAGGACCUGGAGGAGUUUGCGCUGAGGCCGGCCCCACAGGGCAUCACCAUCAAGUGCCGCAUCACGCGGGACAAGAAGGGGAUGGACCGAGGAAUGUACCCCACCUACUAUCUGCACAUGGAACGGGAGGACGGAAAAAAGGUAUUCCUCCUGGCUGGAAGGAAGAGGAAGAAGAGUAAAACAUCUAAUUACCUCAUCUCUGUAGACCCGACCGACUUAUCCCGAGGAGGAGAGAGCUUUGUGGGGAAACUCCGGUCAAACCUCAUGGGAACAAAGUUCACCGUGUAUAACAAUGGAGUCAACCCGAUGAAGACAUCAUCAUCAAAUCUGGAAGGUGCAAAUAUAAGGCAGGAGCUGGCAGCCAUUUGCUAUGAGACUAAUGUCUUGGGAUUUAAGGGCCCUCGGAAAAUGAGUGUGAUCAUCCCUGGCAUGAGCAUGGUGCAUGAGAGGGUCUCCAUCCGACCUCGAAAUGAGCAGGAGACGUUGCUGGCUCGGUGGCUAAGCAAAAGCACAGACACCGUCAUCGAGCUACACAACAAGACACCGGUGUGGAAUGAUGACACCCAGUCCUACGUGCUCAACUUCCACGGUCGUGUCACGCAGGCCUCUGUCAAGAAUUUCCAGAUCAUCCAUGCAAAUGACCCUGACUACAUCGUGAUGCAGUUUGGCCGGGUGGCAGAGGACGUGUUCACCAUGGAUUACAACUACCCGAUGUGCGUCCUGCAGGCGUUUGCCAUCGCGCUCUCCAGCUUCGACAGCAAGCUGGCCUGUGAGUAAGCGGGCGGGCGCUGCCCCAACCCCCCGCCCCGCAGGAAGCCCCCCAGCCAGUCUGUGGCCCCAGGACUCGCCACGCGGGCCCGGCUCAGGCCGGUUCCCCACUGCCUCACACUGGACCCUCUCCAGCCAAGACGGGAGAAAUGGCGUGUUUCUCUCCAGCACUCCCAUCUCUCAUCGUUUGUCUUUCCCGAAGAUAGCGAGGUGUCCUCGCUCUGAACAUAGACAUCUCACUCCAUGCUCCCUUUCUGCCCCAGGCCCUUUCCAUAUCUUCCAGAUCUCCAUUAGGCAUUAUUUCCUCAUCCUCAUUCUGGUCCUUCCUCCCCUCCCAACUGGUCCCAUCUUUCCUCAUCCUGUUCCUCCACCUCAUCCUCCCUUGCCAGUCCUCUCUCAGGGCUUGGCUGUGCCUGGGUUCAGGCCCAGUUGGGGUGAAGGAGGGGUGCUGUGAGCUAGAGUAUACUCCUCACUGACCCAGGGAAAACCCCCAAGUGUCCCCUUUUCCCAUCAGCCCUGACUAACAAGUACAAACCAUACCCAGAGAGAGGGGGCUUGGAGCCCCCUAUGUGGCUGUGUCAACAUCAGCGUCAGUCAGUCUUUGUUGGGCUUUUGGGGUUAUAACCCCAGGGGCACAAGACACCCUGCCACAGCAGCCCCUGCCUGAGGCUGCUGCCCAAGUUGCCCCACGGCCCCCACUCAGGACUUUGGUUUCAUUUGGAACCACAUUGUCAUAAAGCCACCUACUACACUCAGUGGUGAACCAGGGGUGUGUGGACGUGAGAUUGUGUGUCUGUGGCUGUGCCCUCGUGAGACUGCUGUGUCUUUCUAUACAGGUGUGACUGAGUACGUGUGACUCCACCUCAGAGCGUCUGGUUACAUGUGGCUGACCGGCCACCUGUGUGAUUGGGAUAUGCAUACGUGUUCACCUUUAUGACGGUGUUUGUAUAUGUGUGUGACUGCUUGUGCGAACGUGUGUGUGAUUCACAGCCGGGUGUGAAUGUGUUGUGUGGCUGACUUCUUGCUCCAGAUUUCAUGAAAUGUCCCCUGGGGUCUUGUAGGGACUGCAGGGUUGAUGUGCAGUGGGUUAUUUCUCCUUGCACUGAGUGGUCUGGGAGAGUUCAUUCUUCUUCCUCUGGGCAUGGCCCACAGCCCAGGCCAGAGUGCAGUGCCCAGGAGAUCCAGAGCUUGAGAUGGUGUCGCCAGGACAAUCGUGCGUCAGCUAGAACAAGGCAGCACUUUUAGCCUGGCCGAGGGCCAUCUGAGAGUUCGAGACCUAUGUCAGAACCUGGGUUCAAAUCCUGGCUUUCCUCUUUGUGACCUGUAUGACCUUAGGCAAAUCACUUAAUUCCUCCGUACCUCAGUUUCCUCAUCUGUAAAAUGAGGGGGACAGGGUUGGAUCAGAUGACCUCCAAGGCCCCUUCCAGCUCUAAAUGUGCUCCUCAGAUAACCCGAAUUGAAUUACAUCCGUGGGGCGUGGAUCCUGGGCUCUGAAGCUAUGGUUUUGCUCCUUAAAUCCUUAGUAAACCCAGGGAGCUGUUUAAUAAUAAUAGUGCUAACAAUAGCAGUAGUAGCUCCCGUGUCUAUAGUGCUUUAAGGUUCACAAAGGCCCUUCCCCCCAGAGACCCAGGAGGUAGGGAGUACAAGUGUUUGUUAUUACUCCCAUUUGACAAAGGAAGGAAUAGAGGCCAAAUGUCCCGAGUGAGGCCAUUUUGGACACAUCCCGAGGGGACGAGGCAGCGUGUGAUUGUGAUCUAGUACAAAGAAGCCCAGGCCUGGGGGUCAAGAGGCCUGUGCUCUGGCCCUAGCUCUGCAGGCUCACUCCC